AAGACCAAGGAGUCAGUGUCAUUGAUUAGAUUUUAUUCUUGGAAAGUUAUUUAAUUAUAUUAUGUGCUAUUCCUGUGUCAGUACAGAUCCUUCCUGCUGAAAGAAGAGGAGCAGAGCUUGAUUAUCGCAAAAUAUUUGGAAAGGACUGGUUAGAAGCUGGUGGGCAUUGGGACCCAGAGAAAAACAAACCAAGUGAAGAAUUUCUUGCUGCCCAUCCCAGAUACCCAGCACUUUGUCUUAAAUAUGGAGCACCUGAAGAAGGAGAACUGAAGGGACAACAGCCUUUGACUCUGAAAAGUCAGCUUCUGAGUAAGAAGCCAGAAAUGGUCAAAAUGGUUCCUUCCGAAUUUAGAAUAUUUCAUGAGCUUAGUAUCUCUUAGGUAUAUAUGGAGAACAAAACAUUCAAAAGUUCCAGCUGCUUUGACAAUUAAGUGUCCUGAGAAACCCGAACAGAAGCCAGUAGAGAAAAAGCUCCCAGAGUCUAUGACUAUUCAGAAGGUCAAAGGACUGCUGUAUCGCCUGUUAAAAAUUCCUGGUUCAGAACUGAAACUGUCCUACGAAAGUUCUAAGCUGGAAGGAAAAGAAGUUGAACUAGACAAUGACUUAAAGCCUUUGCAGUUUUACUCAAUAGAAAGUGGAGACUGUGUGUUAGUACGGUGGUAA